AUGGCUUGCAUAUUUGCUGAUAAAUGGGAGGAACUUAGUGGGAAAAACAAUUGGGAUGGGCUAUUAAACCCCUUGGAUCUUGAUCUUCGCAAAUAUAUUAUUCAAUAUGGAGAAUUGGCUCAAGCAACUUAUGACACUUUCAUCUCAGAGAGAGCGUCUAAAUAUGCAGGAGCUAGCAGAUACUCUAUGGAAAACUUUUUUACUAAGGUUGGACUUGACCCAAAAAAGUAUUGUGUAACCAAAUAUUUCUAUGCUACCUCAUCCAUGCCACUUCCUGAUGCUUUCAUUACAAAAUCAUUUUCAAGAGAAGCAUGGAGUAAGGAAUCAAAUUUUAUGGGAUAUAUUGCUGUGGCUACUGAUGAGGGAAAAGCUUCACUAGGAAGGAGGGAUAUUGUGAUUAAUUGGAGAGGAACUUUGCAAGUAUUGGAGUGGGUAAAUGACCUUCAAUUUUUACUUGUCCCAGCACCCAAAGUUUUUGGUGAUGGAGGUUUGCUUCCUUUGUUUCAUCCUUUGGUACAUCAUGGCUUCCAUAACAUUUAUACAACGGAAAAUCCACGAUCACAGUUUAAUAAAACUUGUGUUAGGGAUCAGGUAAUGGAAGAAGUGAAAAGAUUGGUCGAGGAAUAUAAACAUGAAGAGGUGAGCAUAACUGUGACUGGACACAGCCUAGGUGCAUCACUUGCAACUCUGAAUGCAGUUGACAUAGCUUUCAAUAAAAUCAACAAAGCAAGUAAUGGCAAGGAGUUUCCAGUAACUGCUUUUGUAUUCGCAAGUCCUAAAGUUGGAGAUGUGAAUUUUCUCAAUGCAUUUUCCAAACUAAAGCAUCUUCACAUCUUGAGGAUUCAUAAUUUAUUGGAUAUUGUUCCAAAAUACCCACCCAUUGGGUAUUUUGACGUUGGGCAGGAGAUAAUGAUUGAUACAACAAAAUCUCCGUAUGUGAAGCCUCCAGGAGAACCUGUGAGCUGGCAUUUGUUGGAACCAUACUUGCAUGGAAUUGCUGGGACUCAAGGAAUUGGAAUGUUUGCAGGUUUUAAGCUAGAAGUGAAUCGCGAUAUUUCACUUGUGAACAAGCAGUGGAACAUACUGAAAGAUGAACAUUGUAUUCCUCCCCUUUGGUGGUCUGAGAAGCACAAAGGAAUGGUUCAACAAGAAGAUGGAUGUUGGCUUCUCCAGGAUCGUGAUGAGUAUGAUUUCUGA